AGAAGAUACACACAAAACAUGGAUGACGACGAAGUUAAAGCUUCCUUUGACUCUCUCUCAAUAAAAGCAGCGAAGGCCAAACCUUCAGAAAACAAAAAAAAAAAAUUGAAAACAUUUUCGAGAAGAAGACAGAGAGAUGGGUAUCUUGUCUGAUGACGUCGUGAUAAUCAGACAGUCGGAGAAAGAAGGCGACCCGAGCGUUAUCACCAUAAACUGUCCCGACAAAACUGGUCUCGGUUGCGAUCUCUGUCGUAUCCUCCUCUUCUUCGGUCUCAACAUUGUCAGAGGAGAUGUAUCAACUGACGGAAGAUGGUGUUACUUGGUGUUCUGGGUGAUCGGGAAACCGAACACGAGAUGGAAUCUGUUGAAGACGAGACUCGUGGAGGCGAGUCCUUGUUUUGCUUGGGCCUUUGGUAUCUCAAGAUGUUACCUUUCUGACUCUGAGGAGUCUCAGCCUCCUGAUCUUUACUUGUUGAAGCUAGCUUGUUCUGACCGCACAGGGCUUCUAUAUGAUGUCACGGAGGUUCUUUACAAGCUUGAGAUUAACAUUGAGAAAGUGAAGAUAUCUACUACUCCUGAUGGCAAAGUUAUGGACUUGUUCUUUGUCACAGACACUAGAGAGCUAUUAGGUACGGAGAAGAGGAGGGACGAAGUGUAUGAGUACUUGAAAGAUGCCAUUGGAGAUUCAAUGAUGAGCUAUGACAUUGAGAUUGUUGGACCUGAAGCCACAGCUCACUCUCCGGCUGCUUCCUCCUUUGCAGAAACAUUGUUCUCCUCGUUGGGAGAGCGUCCAAGUGGGCUACACACUUCAAGCAGUGUGUCAAUUGCAGUUGACAACACUUUAAGCCGUGCUCACACGCUUAUUCAAAUCACUUGUCAAGAUCACAAAGGCCUUCUCUAUGAUAUCAUGAGGACCUUCAAGGACUUCAACAUCCAGAUCUCAUACGGGCGUUUUACGAUCAAACGAGGAAAGAACUGUGAGAUAGACUUGUUCAUCGUGCAAUCCGAUGGUAGGAAGAUCCUUGACUCAAGCAAGCAAGAUGCGUUGGUUUCUCGUCUGAGAGCAGAGCUGCAGCAGCCUCUGAGAGUGGUGAUGAUGAACCGAGGUCCUGAUACCGAACUUUUGGUGACAAACCCUGUUGAGUUAUCAGGAAAAGGACGGCCACAAGUCUUCCACGACAUUGCACUUGCACUCAAGAAGAUCAACACCUGCAUCUUCUCGGCUGAGAUUGGAAGACACUUGACGGGAGACAGAGAAUGGGAGGUGUACAAAGUGUUGAUCAACGAAGAGGAUAGCUUACCGGUCUCGAGAAGCAAGAUAGAGGAACAAGUGUGGAGUACUUUGAUGGGCUGGGAGUGAGACUUUAAGAAACUCAGGACCAUUAGCUGACCUUGAGACACAUAGCAAAAGAGUAUAUGACUGUAAGAUUGUGAAUUAAUGAUAAAACCGGAUUUUCUAUAACGUUUGCAAAUGUGUAAAUAUGGUUAGAAGUGUGCUUUUAUGUUAAUGAGAGAUAGGAUUUGUGUAAGUUUUGUAAAUGAGAGUGUGGUUCUGUAGAAAGGAGAAGCUAAGCCAAGUCUUUGUACUUGUAUUGUUGUGCUGAGAGAGAUCUUUGUCAUAUAUAUAAAGGAAAAUGGUCUUUGAGGAAACUAUCUGGAAGCUGACCACAAAGCUUGUUUUGGUAAUAAGAUAAUAUCUUUUAUCCAAAAAUGUAAAAAUGGCAAAGAAAGGUGGAGCGAUGCUAGCUGAGGAACCACCAUGGCGUGUUUCAUCAGUAAGAGCAGUGCCUAGAAUCAGUCGUUCAACCGGUUCUUUGUAUCUCUCAAAAUCCAGAGACAGAUUGCGCCAUUGGCCCAUUGUCCUCAUGAAGCAUCCCAAUCCGGUGGGAAUACUUUAGUCUGCAGGACUUGAAUGUGUUGUUCCGGGUCAAGUCAUGCCUCUUCGAGUUCUUGGUGUUAAGGUUUACCACUUGUUGAUUAUACUCGUAUCAUGUGUGCAAGUAUCUGAGUUGAACCCUGGUCUAAGUCAUGUUGCAUAUAGAUGGUCAAAUAUGUAUUUAAGUAGUAAUGAAAUGUUGAACGCAUUGGUUCAUUAGCAUUUGAUUGUU